UCAGAGGCGGAGGCCACACUUGAAGAGGGGGCGGGAGGCGCCGGCGGCGGCGGCUGCGGCGGCGGCGCUGUCAUGGAGUUAGCGCAGGAAGCGCGGGAACUGAGUUCCUGGGCGGCCAAAGAGAUGGAGGCGCCUGUGGCGGCCCGGGCCUCGGAGUCGACGCUGCGCAGGCUGUGUCUGGGCCAAGGGGCCGACAUCUGGGCCUACGUCUUGCGGCAUGUACACAACCAGAGGAAUGUCAAGAAGAUCCGGGGAAACCUACUCUGGUAUGGCCACCAGGACAGUCCAGAGGCCCGUCGGAAGUUGGAGCUGGAAGCUGCUGUUGCCCGCCUGCGGGCAGAGAUCCUGGAGUUAGACCAGAGCCUGGAGCUGAUGGAGCGAGAGACUGAGGCUCAGGACAUGGCCAUGGAACAGGCCCUACAGAGCAUGCAAGACACCCAGCGUCGUGCUCUCCUCCUCCGGGCUCAAGCUGGGGCCAUGCGAAGACAGCAGCGGGGGCUCCAAGUUCCCAUGCAGCGACUGCAGAAUCAGCUCAAGCGCUUGCAGGAUAUAGAGAGGAAGGCCAAAGUGGAUGUACACUUUGGACCCUUGACGUCAGCAGCCCUGGGCCUGGAGCCUGUGGUCCUGGGGGAUGUCCGAACAGCCUGCAGCCUCCGGACCCAGUUCCUGCAGAACCUCCUGAUUUCCCAGGCCAAGGCAGGCAGCAUUCCAAUCCCUCGAGAUGACCACUUUGGAACUUCCUACCAGCAGUGGCUUAGCUCAGUAGAGACACUGCUGACAAACCACCCCCCGGGCCAUGUCCUGGCUGCCUUGGAGCACCUGGCUGCGGAGCGAGAGGCAGAGAUCCGGUCCCUGUGCAGUCUGGAUGGGCUUCAAGAUACAGAGACAGCCAGGUCCCAGGCACCAGACCAGUCAGACUCCAGCCAGGCCCUGCCAUCCAUGGUGCAUCUCAUCCAGGAGGGCUGGCAGUCUGUGGGUGUGCUGGUCACCCAGCGGGGCCCUCUUCUGAAGGAGCAUCAGAUCCUGACCCGGCGCCUCCGGGGCCUGAUGGAGGAGAUGGAGAGAUGUACCUUGGAAUCCAGCGAGAGGCAGGCAUUGGUACUGGGGCUCCGGGGCUGUGCCUUGUGGGCAGAGCUGAAGGCCCUGCGUGCCUUGAGCCAGGAGCUGGAGGAGGCUGCGGGGCGGCGGCAGCUUCUGCUCCAGGAGCUACAAGCCAAACAGCAACGGAUCCUGCACUGGCGCCAGCUGGUGGAGGAAACACAGGAACAGGUCCGCCUGCUCAUCAAGAGUAACUCAGCCAGCAAGAUGCGCCUGUGCCGGAGCCCCGGGGAGGUGCUGGCUUUGGUUCAGCGAAAAGUAGUCCCCACAUCUGAGGCGGUGGCACCCCAGAGCCGGGAGCUGCUUCGGUGUCUGGAGGAGGAAGCCCAGCAUCUGCCCCAUCUUGUGCUGGGGACCCUGCUGCGGCACAGCCCCGGAGGGUUGCAGCCCCUGCCUACCAUCCUCCCAUCCAUCCACCAGCUGCAUCCUGCUUGCCCAAAGGGCUCCAGCCUCAUAGUGCUGAGCCACAAGCUGGGGCUGCCUACAGGGAAGGCUCCAGAACUGCUCCUCCCAAAGGCUGCCUCUCUUCGCCAGGAUCUUCUGUUUCUCCAGGAUCAGCAGAGUCUCCGGUGCUGGUAUCUGCUCCACAUGAAGACCAGCCUGCCACCAGGACCAUCCACCCAGGAGCUCCUGCAGAUCCGGGCAUCCCAGGAGAAGGAGCAGAAGGAGAACCUGGGGCAGACUCUGAAGCGGCUGGAGAACUUGCUGAAACAAGCGCUGGAGCGAAUCCCCGAGCUGCAGGGCGUUGUUGGGGACUGGUGGGAGCAGCCGGGACAAGCAGCCCUCUCCGGGGAGCUCUGCCAAGGCCUGUCCCUGCCCCAGUGGCGGCUGCGCUGGGUCCAGGCCCAAGGCGCCCUGCAGCAGCUGUGCAGGUGAAGAGAUGGCUCAAAAAGAAGUCAAGAGCUUCACAUUUGUUCACGCCAACACUUCACUUACCCUAGCAAGACCUUUGGAAGAAAGCAUCUCCUGGAUGCAUCAGCCCAUUGUCUCUACCCACACCUGCUGUCCCCCUCCACAGACUGUUCUGUUGUUCCUCUCAACUGCCUUGCCCCUGUCCUGGCAUCCCACCAAAGCCAAGACAAUGGACUACUGUGGGCCCCACCCUACCUGGAACUCUCCGCAUCACUUUUACCCUCAGCAAAAAGUAAUCGAGCACCUGCUCUAAACACUAAGGAUCCAGUACUGGAAAAAAAAAAAAAUGGCCAGAAGUCCCAGCCUUCAGGGGAAUUGUUCUAGGACUUGAAAACAGACUGCUGGCAAGAUAAGUAAGCAAAAUAUCUAGUAUGUGGAAGAUAACUGCUAUGGAGGAAAAGCAGUUAUAGAGGUGUGAUUUUAAAUCAAGGGCUACACAGCAAAGGUUACACUCUGUAAAGGAAGUGAGAAGGAAACAGUGGGUAUCUGAGGAAGGCUUGCAGAGUUGGGGAGCUACAGCACAUGCAAAGACCCUGAGGUCAAAUGUGCUGGUGUGAGGGCUGAGGAAGCAGUGUAGCUGGUGGAAGAGGGGGAGGGUUUAAGAGAUGAGGUCGUCUUCUGGUUUUUAUAGUUUCUUUUUUACAUUUAAAUCUCUGAGCCAUUUGAAACUUAUCCAAAUGAAUUCAGUUUUGUCUCAUUUUAAAUAUAUCUCAACAGCACUUAUGAAAAUUCUCAUUCAGAGCAGUGAUGCCUCUGAAAGAAAGGUGGGUGGCAGAGAUCAACCAAGGAAGAGACAAACUUUCUAGAGCCGAAAAUGUACACUGAAGAUAGUGGGGUUUACACAGGUGUACAGGCUUGUCAGAACACAUCCUGCUGUACUCAUUAGAUCUGUGCAUUUCAGUGUGAAUUCUCUUCAAUUUGUUAAGUAAAACUUUGCCUACCUAAACUUUGUAAAGUAAAAUUUGAGAUACCACCUUUUCAUACACUAAGUUUCCAUGGUUACUUGGGUGUAUGUGGGUUCUCUCCGAACCUUUGUCUGCCUGAUUCUCCUGCGCCAUCCCCACGGUGUUUUAAUUAUAAAGGCUGUGUAAUAUGUCUUCAUACCUGAAAUGGCUGAUUGCCAUCUUGCUCUCAUUUUUCAGUGUUUCCCUAUCUCUUCCUGCUAUUUUUUUCUCCCAAAUGAAAUGAACUUUACAUCCAACUUACCUGGUUCCAGAAUGAAUACAAACAUGGAUGGGAGUUUUACUGGGGUUGCAGUUAGUUUCCAGAUUAGGGAUAUUUGACAUCUUUGUGAUCUUAUACCUUGUUUUCCACCUCCCUUCUGGUAACUCCGCUCUUGGCCUCCGGGCACCCUGACUCUCCCAUUCUCCUCCUGUCCCUGGCUACUCUUCACAUUUGCCUUACUGUGCACCACCUUAGUGUUCCCUCUCCUCCUCCCUCUCUUCAUCUCAGCUCCCAGCCUCCACCUCCCUGUUGAACAUGAGGGUCCUUACCCCCUAUCCUUGCUUAAUUUUUCUCCAUAGCACAUAUUCUAACAUACAAUAUUUUAUUGUAUCUUUUAUUGUCCUCUUCAAACAGAAUGUAAGCUCCAUGAAGGUGAAUUCCUCUAUAAAUUAGAAAUUAAACAAAUUUUCCUAAAUGUGAUUCAAAAUCCAGAUGCAAUAAUGGGAAAUACUAACAAAAACAUAAAAGUAAAUUUUUGCAUGGUUUAAAAAAAAAGAACAAGGUAAGAAGAAAUGACAAACUAGGGGGGUGGGGGUUGCAAUUUAUACUAUAAAGGGUAUGUGUGUGCACACGUGUGUGUGUAGUGUCAAGGUGGAAAAGAAUAAUUCUAAAUAUAGAAAAGUGGGCAAAAUAUAUAUAUGGACAAUUCUCAGAAAAUAUGCUCAAACUCAAUAAGAGAAAAGCAAUUAAAACCCCACUUUGAUAUAUAUAUUUCCCACCUAUCAGACUGGGAAAAAGGAAACCCAUAAUUUUGGCAACUCACUCUGUUGGCAAGACUAUGGGAAAACAGCAGUUUAAUACGUAAGUGUACAUGUAAUAUGGAACACCAGUGGGAUAAUCGCCAGCAAAACUAUACAUGCAUUUGUUCUUUGCCCAAAUGCUACUUAGAGAAAUGUAUUGCUAAGACAUACUGGGUGAAAUAAAGACUGUGGCACCUUG